AUGCCAAAGGAUGUGUCGCCCGAAACCAUGCCGGAGCUGAGCUCCAGCCAUAUUUUCAGCGUCAAGGGAAAGGUUGCGCUGGUUACGGGUGGUGGUAGCGGUUUGGGAAAGAGUGAGUGGGGGAUGCGGGGGAGGGUGAGGAUGAGGGUGAGGAGAUGGUGCACGGCAUGGCAUGGCACAGUGGCCCACCUCGACUCGUCCGUGACCGACCGCUGCUCGCUGACUUGCCACACGACGCUUGCCCCGCCUUCGCCUCCGCCUCCGUGUCCCGCGUCCCUGUCAGUGAUGGCUACUGCGCUCGUUCGCAAUGGAGCAAAGGGUGAGGAUGCGACGUGACGGACAUGUGUGACGAUGGAGCGCAGCGUCCCAGGCAGGGCAAACAGCGAAUCAAACGCAAUCUCGUUCUGCCCUCCCCCCCACAGUGUACAUUGCAUCGCGCAAGAUCGACGAGCUGAAAAAGCAGGCAGAAGCCAUGCAACAGUUGGCGCCAUCCGGCUCUGCUUGUGAGUUUGCAAAGUCGUCGGUGCUGGGCAUCUGCCACGCUGAGCCCCACGCAUUUGCUCAACAACACCCUGCCACGCAUACACGCAUACGCGCACCCACCCACGCACGCACGCACGCACGCACGCACGCACGCACGCAGCCCCGUCGGUGAUUGCGCUUCAAGCAGACGUUGGCAGCAAGGCGGGCUGCUAUGCCUUGGCAGACGCCAUCAAGUCGGCCGGCGAGAAAUCUUUGGACAUUCUCGUCAACAAUAGCGGCAUCACGUGGGGCGGCAUGCUGGACGAUUUCCCAGAGGAAAAGGGUUGGGACAAGGUGUUUCACCUCAACGUCAAGAGCCAAUUCUACCUCACCGUCGCGUGAGUGCUCCGAGGAAGGGUAUGGGUGCAGUGACGCACGCGAGGAGGAUUCUCUUGCGCUCGUGCACGCCAUCGAUCGACUGACUGAUCACAUGUCGUCUCGUCUCGUGUCGUGUCGCUGGCACCCCCACCCCACACCAUGCAGCCUGCUGCCGCUCUUGGAAGCUGGCAAGUCCAACACGAAGCAGGCUUCCGUCAUCAACAUUGCGAGCACUGCCGCCAUUGCGCCCAUCGCAGAGGGCGGGCUGGGCGAGCCAGGUACGGGAACAUGGAGCUGUGAGUAGCGCUGCGCUACGCUGCUUCGCACGCAUGCCAACGCCUUCACAAGCUGACCUGCGCCGCAUCGCAUCGCAUCAGACCAACCAUCCAAGGCGGCUUCGCUGCACCUGACUCGAACCAUGGCCAACUCCUUGUCCGAAAAGUUUGUCCUCGUCAAUGCCAUUCUGCCCGGCGUCUUUCCCAGUCGCAUGACCAGCUACGCGCUCACCAACAACAAGGAGAUCCUCGAAGGCGUGCAGCCCACUGGUGAGUCGAACGCGCAUGUGUUGCAAGAGUUCUACGGCCCUACUCAUGUUCCACGCAUACGCGCGCGCGCGUCUCCCUGUUGCCCUUUCGCAGGCCGCACGGGCACGCCGGAAGACAUUGCGGGUCUGACGCUGCUGCUCUGCAGUAGAGCCGGUGCUCACAUUGUCGGACAAGGCAUCGUCGUGGAUGGCGGUCAAAUGCUGCAGUUCGUACCCAAGCUUUGA